UAAAUCAUUUUGAGACCCUUGUCUUGUCAAAGAUGAAAAUAGCAGUAGAAAUGAAGAAUGAAACUGUGUGCAAGAAGCCAGAGGAAAUGGAACAUGGAGAAGAAGAAGAAGAACCAGAAGAGAGUAUGAAAUGGGUAAAACAUUACUCUAGUGAUCAUCAAAUACUGUUGGUGGGUGAUGGUGAUUUUUCAUUCUCCCUUUGCCUCGCCAACGCUUUUGGUUCCGCUGCCAACAUCGUUGCUACCUCUCUUGAUUCCUAUGAUGAUGUUACCAGGAAGUACAAGCAAGCAAAGUCAAAUUUAGAUCAAUUGCAGAAGCUGGGAGCAUGCUUGUUACAUGGAGUGGAUGCAACCAAAAUGAAGCUUCAUUCAGACUUAAAAAUGCGACGGUUUGAUCAAAUUAUAUUCAACUUCCCACAUGCUGGCUUUUAUGGGAAGGAGGAUAACUUGCUAAUGAUUAAGAUGCAUAAAGACCUUGUGUUUGGUUUCUUCAAGAAUGCUAGUUGCAUGCUCAGAGCCAAUGGUGAAAUUCAUGUGAAUCAUAAAACUACAACUCCUUUUAACAACUGGAACAUAGAGAAGCUUGCUAUGCAAAGCUUUCUGACACUGAUUGAAUGCUCUGACUUCAAGAAGGAAGACUACCCGGGUUAUAACAAUAAGCGUGGUGAUAGCAAUAGAUGUGAUGAGCCCUUUCCACUUGGUAAGUGCAGCACAUUUAAGUUCAUUUACAAUCCUAAAGCCAGGAGAAACUGGAACAAGAUAAGUCAUACGAUGUUUCCCAAAGAACAAACCAGACUUCCCUUACAAGAGAUUCAAGAUGCUGCGGAGCAAUUUCCAACUCCCAUUAAUCCCCAUUAUUAUCCUCAAACAUGUCACAUUCCAAGAAUGAAUGAAGCAAUGACAUCAAAACUUGAUUUGACAUGUGGACAACCUCCAAUAUCUAGGGACUACUUCAACAAUGUGGAAACAGUGCACAAAAGAACUCCUCCUUCUGUUGGUUAUCAUCCUUAUGCACAUGGUAUCAAUUUGGGCUCUCCGAGAUCGUUGCAGCCGAGGAACUCAUUUCAAUCUUUGCAACCGUGGCCAACAUCAACUAAUGCUAGAUAUUCUCAGAUAGAUCAUGUUGGGACAAUUGAUAAUGUUCCUUUAUCACAUACUGCUAGAAAUGUAGACUAUCAAGUCUUUGGUGGCAGCUCAAACUAUUUGCCGGAAGCACCUUGUAGAAGAGCUCAGAGGUCAAGUUACUUUGAUGUUGGGACAAGGGACCCUGUUCCUUUAUCACAUAGUGCUAGAAAUGAAGACUACCAUGUCUAUGAUGGCAGCUCAAACUAUUUGCCAGAAGCUCCUUAUAGAACAGUUAAGAGUUCUUAUUUUGAUAUUGGAACAAGGGACACUGUUCCUUUAUCAUAUGGCGCUAGAAAUGAAGACUACCAGGCUUUUGGUGGCUGCCCAAAUUAUUUGCAGGAAGUAGCAUCUUGUAGAACAGCUCAGAGGUCAAGUUAUUUUGACAGUGUGAGAUCUGACUUUGAGAGGUACAUUACUGAACAGAUUGGAAGGAGGACUUUGAAUGCUGACAUCUAUAAUGAGCCUCACUGAAUGAGUGUUUUGAUGUCAGAGAGAAGGAUGUUUGUUGGGUCCUGAUUACACUGUGAAUGGAAGUGCAUAGAGGGAGGAAUUGUGAUACCAGUUGAUACCAGGAAUGGUGGCAUCUAUAAUAAGUCUCUUCUUGAAGCUUAGUGGUUAUAUUGUCCAAUAUAGCGCUGGAGUUGUGAAGCUGGUAAUUUGGUAAUUAAUUAUCAGAUGUUGAUCAUUUUGCAGCAUGUUAUUUUGUGAUCAACAUUUAGCAUAUGUUGAUCAUUUUGCAGCAUGUUAUUUUGUUCAUAUGUUGAUCAUUUUGCAGCAUGCUAUAUUAUGCUGUAAAAAAGUUAUCCUUUUAUUGGUAAACCUUCUGAAAGAAUUGCUCAAGUAGAACAAAUUCCUACUUUUUCGUUAAA